GGCACCGGACACAGAGGACUCCCAGCCCCGGCCCAGGGGGCAGAGCCGGGCAUACCCCGGGCGGGGGGAAGAGCUGCCCAUUGGACACCCGGGCCCCUGCUCCCCGGACCCCAUGUGCGUGUGCUCCCGCAGGAACCAUGAAGCCGGAAUGACCUCAGCCGAUGGAGCCCCGGCCACCACGCUCCUGCUGCCCUGGAAACUGGCCCUGCGGGACCAGGGGCAGGGCCAGUGCCCGGCGGGCAGCUCCGGGCGCAUCCUGGCCACGGUGCUGGUGUGGCUGGUCACGGGCACCAGCAUGUCCAGCCUUAACAAGUGGAUCUUCACCGUGCACGGCUUCCGCUACCCGCUGCUGCUCUCCUCCUUGCACAUGCUGACCGCCGUCCUCGUGGGCUACCCGCUGGCCGGGCGCCGGGCACGCGGACCUCUCCCUUCCCGGGCCAGGAGGAGGGUGUUCUUGCUCAGCUUGACUUUCUGCGCUUCCAUGGCCUGUGGGAACUUGGGCCUUACCCACGUGCAUUUGGACUUUGCCCAGAUGGUCUACACCACCACUCCGCUCUUCACCCUGGCCUUGUCCAAGGCGAUCCUGGGCAAGCGGCACCACCCGCUGCAGUACGCGGCCAUGGGGCCCAUCUGUCUCGGCGCUGCCUGCAGCAUCAUGGGCGAGAUGCACUUCCACCACACGGGCUGCUUCUUCCUCUUCGCUGCCACCUUCCUCCGAGGCCUCAAAUCGGUGCAGCAAAGUGUCCUGCUGCAGGAGGAGAGGCUGGCCUCAGUCGCCCUGCUGUAUCUGACGUCCCUCCCCAGCUUCUGCCUGCUGCUAGGUGCAGCCCUGGUGCUGGAGGUGGGCGAUGCCGAGCCGGUGCUGGCCCCCGCUGACCGUCGCCUCUGGCUGCUCAUUCUCCUCAGCUGCCUGGUCUCAGUCCUCUACAACCUGGCCAGCUUCUCUCUGCUGGCCCUCACAUCGGCCCUCACCGUCCACGUGCUGGGCAAUUUCCACGUGGUGGGCAACCUGGCCCUGUCCUGGCUCCUGUUUGGGAGCCGCCUGAGUGGCCUCAGCUAUGUGGGCAUCGCCCUAACGCUGGUGGGGAUGUUUCUGUAUCACAAUUGCCACUUGGUGGCCUCCUGGUGGACCCUGUGGUGGAUAGGCCGGCCUGUCAGAGCCCUGUGAAGCGACCACUGUGCCCAUCUGAGAGCUGUGCUCAUUGGGCCAGCUGGGCCCGGGCUAGUCCAUCCCUAGCUUGUAUGGGCCCUGGCGGCUUUACCCGACAGCCUGGAAGAAGAGGGGCCUGAAUGGGGAUGUGGGUGAACCCCAGCCAAGAAGAACCUUCCAAAAACACCACAUGGGGGAGGGCAGGCAGGGACCUGAUUGGUCACACAUCCAUCUUCUAGGAUCUCAAGGUUAAGAAGAGCUAGUGGGAGGAUUAUCACCCUCAUUUUACAAGGGAGGAAGCUGAGUCUCUGAGCUGACCCGGCUUGUCCGAGGCUCUGUCCCUGCCCCUACUGAUCGGCUAUAUAGGUCUGGGGCCUUGCAAGCCCUGAGUUCAGCCCUGGGGGAGUCCUCUCCCUUUCCCUGAUCCGUGCCUCAGUUUCCCCUUCUGCUAAAAGGGAUGAUGCUCACUACAAAGGGUCAGAGGAGAAUGUAAAUGCAAAUGAGUAUUGUAAUUAAAGGAAUAAUCAUUGCUGUUCCAGCUGCACCUCGCACCUGCUGUACUUGUUAAGAUGUCACCCUUUGGAUGACAGCGAUGUCCCAGGAGGAUCAUGGAGAGGGCCAGAAGUGCUGGCCAGGCACCCCUAGACUGAGGUCGGGCUGGGAGGGGGCUGGUGCUGGAGGCCCCACUGCUCCAGAUGAGCCAAGUCGGGGCACGCUUCUUUUAGAGACCCCCCUCCUGGUCCCCCCAAUCUCUGCUGCUAAAGAUGGGAAGGGGAAAGGGGCUUGUUUCUCUGGGGGGGACCACUGGCUCGAGCCCCCAUGCCCACCCCCGGUGGGGUUUCAGCAAAGGCCGGGAUGGUCUCUACCGGCUCUCAGGACCCUCCCCAUAA